AAAAAAGUAUUCAAGAUAAAACAGAAAUAAAAGAAAUACCUAGAGUCAAAGAAGUAAAAGAAACAAAACUUUUAAUCAAUAAAAAAAGACAGCAAAAAGAAGAUAAUACAGAGGAAAAAACUAAUCAAGACUUCACCUCAAAUUUAAGACUAACAGAA